GCCAAACGAUUUUUCAUUUUUACACUAUCUGUAAAGGUCGCUUAAUUUCGUUCAUUGUUCCUGUGCACGUCCAUCGCGAGAGCAACAGCGGAGACACAUAUUUUUUUGAACACCGUCCGCGUCUCAACACACGGUUUACCAUGUCUCGACUAUUUGCGCAACUGAAAAAGUCCAACGCUGCAGUCAGAAUGGUCAUGCGUUCCAAAUCUGACGGUCACCAUGUGACGUAUAAACCCUUGACUAUGGACGAUAUGCCGGUUCCCACCGUGCCAUGGAAAGAGUACCACAGCAAAACCAACGCCAAAUACAAUCUCAUUUUGGCCGGAGGAUUAGUUGCUUUAACUGGAUCCAUUUACGUUUUGCAGGAAAAUUGUUUCUUCAAUGCUUUCGCGCCUCCAUACCCUUUUGAAGAUGAACAGAAUUAAACUAAUAUAAGUUAAUAUUAUAUAUAUAUAUUAAAAAUGUAUUUUUUUUUUUUUUUUGUGUAGUAACCAAUUGUAUUUUAUUCAAAGGUAUUAAGUCAGAAAUUUGAAUAUCCAGAAUAAAUAAUUUGAUAGAUACUUAA